GGUUCAGCAAAAAAAUAAAAAGAUGACGAUGUUCAUGUACAUUGAUUUUUAUCAUCACAUUUUAAGUUUAUUUCAUAACAUGUAAAGCAAAUGGCUUUGUGCGUUGCGCCGUGGCCGCUAGAGGGCGACAGUGACAGCGCAUCUGAUUCGACUCAACAGCUAACAAUGAAUGCGCCAAUGAUGACAAUAUUAUGAUCAUAAAAAUAACUGCCUGAAUCAAGCAUUAUGAAAUUAAAAUGUUACCUAUAUUUUAUCUCCUGCACAAGGCUUCUUUAUUAUGCGAAACCAUAACACUAUAAUGUGCACACAUAAAACAAACCAGAGAAAAAAAAUAAUUCCUAAAACUUGAUAAAUAUUAUUCUAACUAUCCAGCAGCAGUAAUAAUAGUAGUUGUAUUUGUAGUUUCAAUGUACUUUCAGCUGUUGCAAAUUGCAUUGGUCUCAAUAGAGUGUGUGUGUGUGUCCCUGUCCCUGUGUGUGUAUCAUGUUACAAUGCAUAUUGGAGCAUCUCGUGAGUGAUUACGAAACGCUGCAAUCUGAGCCACACACACACACACACACACACACACACACACACGUGCUGAUGGAGUUCAAAGCGUGAAACCUCACCUCUGUUUUCCACUGAUCACGAUUGCACCCUCUAGCCUUUUAAACGGUUGCUUGACAUACAACAUUGACAUUGAACUUACACGUUCUAUACUAAAUAAUAUAUACUACAAUACACCCUGUUCUCACGGCAACGAGGCACUCUAAAGCAGCCAUGACACCUUGGUGUGCCUCUGUCCACACGUCGCCAUCAAGUUGGACUUCCAAAAAAAAAAAGUUUGAACAAAGAUUCCCCCUCAUUGCACUUCCACCUUUCUUACCGUGAGUGACGUGCACGCACUCGUGGUUGACAAUGAGGCGCUCCAAAGCAGACCAUCCAAAGUGAUAUUUGUAUAUUUGGGCCAUAUUUAGUGGGAAUAAAUAAUUAAUUUGGUCAUACUGCACCGUUUUAGCCCCACCCCGCCCCCCAAGAAAAAAAAUCAAAACACAGAUCUGAAUUCACUUUAAAAUUGUAAAUAUAGAUCAGUGGUUCUGCGAGUGACCCUGGCAGCUCACCGCAGGUAAGAGCAGGUGGACGUAAGAGCGUCUGAGUGGUUAAUGUGUAACUCUUGGGAAGCGGUUCACAAGGGUAUGUGUGUGUGUGUUUGUGGUGGGGGGGGCAUAAUUAGGGUGUCGCAUGUCACCAGCAGAAAAGAAGAGUUAAUGAUACACCAGCGGCUCAGCAGGAAGCAGCUCCGUCGCUUUCUCGCGUCUCUCCUCAGUAUGCGCUACGCUUCCCGAUGCCCGGCGCCGCAGUGAAGGGGAAGGUGGGCGCAGGCCCGGCCUUGUUGGCGGCCCCCUGCCAGGACCUUUUGAGGAGCUUCCCCCACACCAAACGGGUUGGCUCUUACCUGGUGGGCAAGAUGAUCAACAAGGGCUCCUUUGCCAAGGUGAUGGUAGGCCUGCACAUCGCCACUGGAGAGAAGGUGGCCAUUAAGGUGAUUAACAAGAAGCGCGCGCGGCAGGACCCUUACGUUCAAAAGAACAUGAAGAGAGAGCCUCGCAUCCACCAGAUGAUACGACACCCAAAUGUCGUCCUCCUGCUGGAGACCCUGGAGACGGAGAACAGUUUCUACAUGGUGCUGGAGUUGUGUGCCGGCGGCGACCUGAUGGAGCGGAUCUGCGACAGGAAGCGUCUACCGGAGAAGGAGGUGCGACGAUACGCCCGGCAGAUCCUGUCGGCGGUGGCGCACCUCCACCAGCGUGGCGUUGUGCACAGGCGAAUAUCAUCAAAACCUGAUAAUGACCGCGAUCCUUGUGCUGUCUUCUGUGCCAGAGAUUUGAAAAUUGAGAACUUCCUCCUCGAUGAGCACAACAACAUCAAGAUCGUUGAUUUCGGCCUGAGCAACACGCUGCUGAGGUCAGAAUCGUUGCCUCCGGAACUGCUCAGCACCCAGUGCGGAAGCCCCGCCUACGCCGCCCCCGAGCUCCUCGCCCACAGGAAGUACGGACCCAAAGUGGACGCGUGGUCUGUAGGUGUGAGCGUGUUCGCCAUGCUGACCGGCACACUGCCCUUCACCGUGGAGCCCUUCGACCUCCAAAAUCUGCACCACAAAAUGGUGGCCGGCGACAUCGCACACAUGCCCGGUGACAUCAGCACAGGUGCGGUGACGUUCGUGCUGUCUCUGCUGGAACCCGACCCUGACAAAAGACCCAGCAUCCGAGCCGCCAUGGAGGGGGGCUGGAUCAACGAAGGCUAUGCCAAGAGGCCGCUCCACACACUGUCGCCCAACAACAGCUUGAAGGCUUUUAUGGAGCGCUGUGGAAAUGUCAUCACGCCUAGCCGAGCCAUGAUUCGAACACGCCCCCUAGUGGCUGUGAGGAGCCAAGGGCUCUUUUGGCUGCGCGUUGAGGACCUGGACCCGUCAGUGCUGGCGUACAUGACUGACACACUGGGCUACUUGACCUCGGAGGUCACGCGAACGCUCGUCGACAACCGGCCCUGUGCCAUCAUGGCAGCCUACCACUUGCUGCUCGCCAAAAUCAAAAGGAGCCGCCGACGUGUCAUGAGCGACACCGUCAAGGAGAAAAAGACGGCGAGCAGACAUCUCAAGGAAAGCAAACAAGUGGCAGAGCGGCGGUGCGGCAGGACCAGACCCCAGCAUCCACCACGACCACAAGAUCGGUGUCAUGAUGAAGAGGAGGAGGGGGACAAGGGAGCGGUGUCUUCCUCUCACCCCAUUUUCAAACCCUCUCCGUCACCACAGGCCACUGAGGACGCCGCCGCCGCCAUCUUGAAUAACAGGGACACUCUGAUUCUUCCCGACGUGUUGGGAUCAAAACACCAAGUGGUAUAUCUUCCUCCUCCCAAAACCGCAAUAGCGCACCUGUGUGACUCCGCCCCAUGCCAUGCCGCCUCGCCCGCUGAACCAAUUGAAGACUACGGCGCCUCGGUGCCUGUCCAACUGGCGCGGCAGCACGUCGGGACCGCGCAGUCGGACGGCGGCGGGAGUCCCAUGGAGGCCGUCCUGAGGUUUGACACGCCACAGAAGAGCGUUGCUUCUCCCAGAAUGCACCUCGAAACCACGCAGAGAGCUGCGCCCAAAACACUGCCGCGCUUACCCGACCAGAGGUUGAAAAACGGACGAGGUGGGAAGGUGUUGUGGGUCCCGCCAAGCCUGCUUGAGCCCGCUGGACUGCAAUUGAGUGGGUCCAAAACUCUGACUUGCCCCUUGCAAAAAAACACUUUGGCUCCAAAGGGUGGGAAGGGGACGGGAACCAAGAGGAACUCCGUAGCAAAGUUCCACUCGACUCUGCAGCGACAGAUGACCGAACUCAAUCUCCCGCUGCUCCCCGCCGCGCUUCAACGCAAGACGGACAGGAAGCUGCGCAACAUGGACUGCUGACACAUCAAGAAGAAGUGGCCGGCAGAGCCAUAAAGAGAAUUAAAAACUGCAUGAACAGAAUCUAAAAUAUCACGACAUUAGAUGAUCAACAAGGGCUCCUUUGCCAAGGCAAUGGUGGGCCUGCACAUUGCCACUGGAGAGAAGGUCAGAUAUGCACGCCCUCAGCUCGCUUUCACGAGGAACACUCUGCCGCUGUAAUGUAAUAAAGUCAUGAAAAUAUGACUGUUUCGUUCAGCUCCAUAUUGCGAUGCAGUCAUGUGCACACAUCCACUAGGUGGACCUGUCUUUUUGCCCUGGAAAAAAACGACCAUGUAUGGUCA